AGAUCAAGGGCCAGCUGCCCAAGUCCAAGCUCAGAUGGGAGAUGCCGCAAACCAUGAUCUUUCUGCCAACCAAGCACUGCGUCGCCAACUGGAGGAGGCGACCACAAGAGCGGAGAGAGGAGCUCUCGAAGCUCAAAGCCCAACGACUUCAGCCAUGACUUCAACCAUGUCACCCCACUUGCAGGAGAGUCCUGCAGUGGACAUGGCGGAUGCAGUGCAAGUGGGCAGCGCAAGUGGUGACACCAGUGGCGUUUUGGCGCCACUCUCGACAGUCCCCGGAGCUGAGCGGGUGAAGCUGACGGCGGGCUUGUCACCACGGCCAAGACCUUCUGAGGCCAUCGAGCGUGAAGUGGAGCUGCUGGAGACCUUUGCUGAGGCAGCAAAGCGAAGCACUUGGAACCCGGAUUGGCAAACACUGGGAAAUCAGUGGAAUCCACGCCAUCAGCUUGCGUAUAAUAACGAUGAGAUGAGCCAAAACUGCCGGUGCUACUUUGAUAGAUGGCUUGACCAUAGAGAACUGCUGCCUCCAGAUGCCAACCUCCAAGUUCAGAAGCCAACUUGGCGUUUGGAGCCUGAUCCAAUUCCAGCUGAGCAGAGAGAAGCUGAGAGGUUGGCAAGUUCGGUCUACUCUCCCACCGGCCCUGGUUUGCGAGGAUCGCCAAAAAGUGGAGAAGAGAUAGGACAGGAGAAGUCGAUCACAUCGAUGUCAGGAGAGAAUGUGAUCAAGAGGCGCUCAAUGCGAUUGUCGCGGGACAAGCCCUGGAUGACGCAACCAGCCAGAUUCUGGCAGCUGCUACAGCCAGAGGAGACCGCGGAAUCCAUGGUGUCAACUAUGACACAGACGGAUUUCCCCCAAGUCCUCCAGCCAAAUGAAGCCAGGGAGCAAGGAUGGAAUAGCCACCAUGACGUUGUUUGGAGUAACUUCCAGAAUUUGCAGGGUGUCAUUCUGAACCCGGCUCCUGUUCGGUCGUACUUCGAUCGACCUCGCGAACCAGAUAUUGGUGCGCGAAGUGCUGAAAAGAAGCCCGAAGUGAGGAGAAGUGGAGAUGGACGAGAUGGCGUUGUGCGCAUUUUGCCACUGUGGCGGUUGGAGCCUUUACCGGGUGUCUCGAACGUUGAGAGCCCGAAGGACAACCUUUGGCCUCCGAUCCCUCGAUUGCCUCCCCGAUCUGGAAGUCCUCUUCGUCCACGUGAGGAAAUCCUAGGCCCACGGCACGAAGCUUCUCCCGAGUUCAAUCACAAGUCCACUUGGAGCUGUCCGUCUUUGUUGACAACUGCCCCUAGCGAUGAGAUGGUCGAGAGAAAGCAAGGAUGGAAUGGUAGACACCAGCUUGCUUUCCAAAAUCAGGAAGUUUCGAGAUUGGACCGGUGCUACUUUGAUCGCUUUCGUGAGCACGCUGAGCUUCGUUCUCCGCACUCCCCACCACACGCAUCUUGCUCAGUGUGGAGCCUUGGCAGGGAUGUCUCCACAAAGGAGUCGCUGAAAACAAUGAUGGCAAGCGGCGAUGCGCGCUUCCACACAGACGGAAAAUGGAUGCACCGACACCAGCUUACCUUUGACAACUCGGGGGGCAGGCUACCCGUGCAGAGAAAUUUGAGAUCCUACUUUGACCGCAGCCGGGACUUCCCGUCAGAGGCCAGCUCGAGCCUCCAAGAAGUUUUGCCCGAAGAUGAUCCACAGCGAGCGGGGAAUUUCACUCUUUUGACGGCGGCCGCUUUGCGCAAACGUCGGUGCAAACUCAAAGAUUCAGAGGAGGGAUCGCUGAAGGUGGAUGUAUGGAGCUUGACUGAGAAGUCACGGAAGGUUCGCAUCGAAGAGUCAUUCCGCAGCUGCGUUAGCGAUCCAUCAAUGAGCAAAGCGCAGAAAGAGAAGAGACGCUUGAAGUGGAUGUCCAACCAUCAUGUUGUGCCGCAGCCUCAGUCAGUCAAAUUGACCAUUUGACCAAUUGCACCCUUGGACUUACACCGGAGUAAAGUAUUUAGUGCUAGAUGUGGUAGGAUGCAGAUGCUUCAUGAUUGGGGUUGGCAUGUGUGCUCUGACUUUGAAGGGUGCUUCAGGUUUUAGACGCAAAUAUUGCUCAGAGCAAUGCUGACGGCGUUGCACAAUUCAGUUUCAGGUAGCACAUUCUUACUCGUUGUGGGUUGCAUCGAUGUAGAUGUAAGGAAAGGCGAAGCCUUCUCCUUGCAGAAAGCCUAGGAAGCAUGGAUGUUUCACACCUAAAGUCAGCACCAAAAUGAACCGUGACUUCGGCAAGCUUGCCGCGUGCAGCUUUAGUAUUUGGAUGUUUUUGGUGCACUUCGGACCUUGGCCCUUUUUACAUCAUUAUAUAGUAACAAGA